AGGUUAUUUUGUAAGGCUGUAUUUGUCGGAUACAAAAGAGGUUUAAGAAGACAAUAUGAAAGCACAUCUUUAUUAAGAAUUGAUGGAGUCAACACAAAAAAAGACACCAGUUUUUACUUGGGAAAGAAAUGUGCUUAUGUAUACAGAGUUAAAAAAACUACUUCAACCCCUGGUAAAAGAGCAGAACAUAAAGUAAAGGUAAUCUGGGGCAAAGUUACUCGACCUCAUGGAUGCAGUGGUACAGUUAGAGCUAAAUUCAGGACCAAUUUACCUAGUAAGGCUAUUGGACAUAGAAUCAGAGUGAUGCUGUACCCAUCCAGAAUUUAA